GCACGAUCUCCUGCUGCAGCAUUUGAAUUUCUCCACCACCAGACACAGUUCCCACCAAUUGUCGGCAACUUCUGACUCUUAUGGCCUCGCUCUCCAAGUCUCAUCGAACGACAAUCCGCAGGCAUGUCUUCAAGGCCUGUGAAGGCUGCAGGCAGCAAAAGACCAAAUGCAGUGGCGAAUCGCCCUGUGCGCGCUGCGUCAAACUGUCGCUUCCCUGUGUUAUACGGAACAUCGCGAGGCAGCGCCGGGAUCCGACCACAGAGACUGCGCAUAAUGACUGCCCUGACUCGUUGAUGAUGGCGCUUAAGCCGGUGCGUAUUCACAACGCGACAACAGGCAGAACGGCUGUCUAUGGUCCGACAUCGACCGUUGCUCUUCUCCAUCUGAUCGCACGCGAGAGUCGGGCAAGCCCUUCUCCUCCGGCUGGAGCCUUACAGGGCGUUAUCGAUAGCAACCUGUCUAUUGACCCGCUCAACUACGGUCCUCUUCUUGCUCAACAGCAUCACUGUUCGCUUUCAUUACAGGCAUCAUUGAUACCACCGCUUUGCAUAACAACUAUACCGAAUAAUAUCUUGCAGCUUUUCCUCCAGAAAUACGUCGUCACCGCAUGGAAGCUGCUCCCACUCCAGUCUCCCACCCAGCUCCAGGCCAUUUACACUUCCUCCUGCCGCGCGCUUAGCUCCAACAGUGGCCCUCCAAUCAUGUAUCCGAUUCUACUCUAUCAGCUAGCCUUGGGCUCACUAUGCACGGCUCAGGGUGAGCUUUCGGACAUGCUAGCUCAGGAGAGCGAGCUUUUCAUGUCCGCUGGAGGAUACCUCUCCGACGAGCUGGAAUUACAACUGAACGUCUUGAUGGCGUUCUAUCACAGUGAGAUCGGCAGCCUUGACAAGGCUUAUUCAAUGUUGGGUCACAUAGCCAGUAGAAUAUACGCUGCUGGUCUUCAUCUGGAACCACGUGCUCCGGCUGUUGAUCGACUCCUCCGAAUGAUCCUUUCCACGGAAAGUUAUCUCUGCGUCGCCCUCGGGCGACCGCCCCUUUUCAGUCCAAACCUCACAGUCCCGAAGAAAGACGAGCCACUCAAUACGCAAAUCAUCACCGGCCUCUUCGACAUUACAAAAUCCAUUCUCACAACUAACCAAGAACCAAAAGCGACGUUUGACGGGGUCUGCCACUCAAUCUGGAACAACCACGCCCGGCUUGAGUCAUUCUGGGAAGAACACCAGCCUACCUUGUUGAUUGCGCACACCGAUCCUGCCAGCCCGGGACAUGUCGAGGAGGGCAUGUUUCUAGAUACUAUUAUGUACGAAUACGCCGUAAUUGCAAAUCUCAAACCGUUCCUCUUGUACCUGGGGUACAGCCAUAUCGUGAACAGAGACGGGAAAGACCCAUUUCUCGUCGAGCUGGGAUCCUCUACCCCAGUCAGGCAGGACCCGAGAGUCGAGAAAGCGCUGGAGAUCAUCCUCGCCUCGGCGAAGCGAAUCAUAUCCCUCAUUUUCGGCAUCUGCCAGCGGGGGUCGGUGUCGAAGGUAUGCGUUUCACCUAAAGACCUCCCAAUGCAUUCUUUCUUUAUUGAAACGGCUUGCGUGUCGCUGCUUGCAUACGGGCUGUGGUGUGGAGACCCGGGCGUCGUCUGGGAGAGCAUCGACACGGGUGUGCGGUGCUUGGAAGAGCUGCAGUAUCAGCGAGUAGCGGCGAUGAGGCUUGCCGCUCUUCGGGCAACGAUUGAGCAGUCUGGGCUGAGGAGAGAGUAGCCCAAGUGUAUCUAUAAUUGGUUGCGAUCUGUUGAGCCCGGAGGACCGCGCUGGAUAGUGGUCUUUAAAUCCGAAUUUGUUUCUCAAGCCGUGUCGCUAGUAGAGCUUCAAUAUCGAGUAACUAGACAAGAUAAAUGUAAUGACAGUGCUUCUCAAC